AUGUCUGGAGUUUGGGUUUUCAAGAACGGUGUAAUUCGCUUGAUUGAAAAUCCUCAAGCAGAUUCUGAUGGAAGGUUAGGCAACUCCAGACGAAAGGUAUUGAUAUACCUUCCGACGGGACAAGCAGUGUCAUCCUACUCUUCGCUAGAGGAAAUCCUCACGUCGUUAGGAUGGGAGAGAUACUAUGGAGGGGAUCCAGAACUCUUUCAGUUUCAUAAACGUUCUUCCAUUGAUCUAAUUUCUCUUCCUAGGGACUUCGCCAAGUUCAACUCCAUUCACAUGUAUGACAUAGUCAUUAAAAAUCCCAAUCUCUUCCAUGUUCGAGAUGUGUGA